AUGGAUGUGGAGUUUGGUGCUGGUGGGUCGUAUUACUAUCAAGAUUCCAUUGUGAUAGUCAUGAAAGGGUUAGAGAUUGAGCUGGCGAAGAUUCUGACUGUAUUUACAGCCAUCGACUUCUCAAGGAACUUCUUCGAAGGAGAGAUUCCAGAAUCAAUAGGAGAUCUAAGGGCACUAAAGGGGCUGAACCUUUCUCACAACAAUCUGACCGGCGACAUCCCUUCAUCCAUUGGGAAUCUAACUAAUCUUGAGUGGUUGGACCUAUCCUUGAACGAACUCAGUGGGGAGAUUCCUCGACGAUUGGCGGAUCUUACGUCACUCACCACUUUGAAUCUCUCAAAUAACCUGCUCAUGGGACUGAUUCCUCAGGGCUCGCAAAUCGAUACAUUCGAGCACUCCUUUGAUGGGAAUCCCGGCCUUUGUGGUCAUCCAUUGCCAAAUGCAUGUGGGACUGACACUGUGGAGCAGUCACCAUCGAAAUUAACUUUCCCUGAAGAAGCAGCAGUGCAUUGGAUUGAAUGGAGGGCAGUGCUAAUGGGCUAUGGAUGUGGACUUGCACUCGGGAUUUCAGCAGGGUACAUCAUGCUGGACACUGGGAGAACGAGAUGGUUGGUGAGAAUGAUUGAGAAGAAUAUACACAGAAUGACAAACAAGAAAAAGAGAAACACAGCUCCGAGGAAUCAAGCAUGGUACUUAUUCGUGGCAGAGUUGCAUAAAUACACGGUUCAAUAA